AGUUUGCAGAAAGCUGGAUGGGAUACGCUGGUCCCGGCUACGGCAUACUCAGCUUGGCGGUCUCCGAGAAGUACCUCUGGUGCCUGGACUACAAAGGCGGCCUGUUCUGCAGUGCACUGCCGGGCGCUGGGCUCCGCUGGCAGAAGUUUGAGGACGCCGUCCAGCAGGUGGCGGUCUCACCCUCAGGAGCCCUUCUCUGGAAGAUUGAACAGAAAUCUAACCGAGCUUUCGCUUGUGGAAAAGUGACCAUCAAGGGGAAGCGGCACUGGUACGAAGCCCUGCCCCAGGCAGUGUUUGUGGCCCUGAGCGAUGACACAGCCUGGAUCAUCAGGACAAAUGGAGAUCUGUACCUGCAGACAGGUCUCAGUGUGGAUCGCCCCUGUGCCAGAGCCGUAAAGGUCGACUGUCCAUAUCCACUGUCCCAGGUUGCAGCCCGAAACAGCGUGGUGUGGGCGCUGACAGAGCAGAGAGCCCUCCUGUACCGGGAGGGCGUGAGCAGCUUCUGCCCUGAAGGGGAGCAGUGGAAAUGUGACAUCGUCAGUGAAAGGCAAGCUCUGGAAGCCGUCUGUAUAGCUCUCGGGGACCAGCAGACUCUGUGGGCCCUGGACAUCCGAGGGAACCUGUGGUUCAGAACUGGUGUCGCUUCCAAGAAGCCCCAGGGUGAUGACGACCAUUGGUGGCAAGUGAGCAUCACAGACUACGUGGUGUUCGACCAGUGCAGCUUAUUCCAGACCAUAAUCCAUGCCACACACUCGGUGGCCACGGCGGCCCAAGUGCCGGUGGAAAGGGUGGCAGAUAAACUGCGCAUGGCGUUUUGGUCUCAGCAGCUGCAGUGCCAGCCGAGCCUCCUAGGGGUCAACAACAGUGGCGUCUGGCUCUCCUCGGGCAAGAAUGAAUUCCAUGUUGCUAAAGGAAAUCUCAUCGGCACUUACUGGAAUAAUGUUGUUCCCCGGGGGACAGCUUCUGCAACAAAGUGGGCCUUUGUGCUGGCUUCCACUGCUCCCACAAAGGAAGGAAGCUCCUUGUGGUUGUGCCAGAGCAGCAAGGAUCUGUGCAGCGUCAGCGCCCAGAAUGCUCAGUCCCGCCCCUCCACGGUGCAGCUGCCUCCCGACGCGGAGAUGAGGGCGUACGCCGCCUGCCAGGACGCUCUGUGGGCCCUGGACAGCCUCGGCCAGGUGUUCAUCAGGACGCUCUCCAAGAGCUGCCCCACAGGCAUGCACUGGACGCGGCUGGACCUUUCCCAGCUAGGUAUGGCCCCCGUGCUCACCUCGCAUGAAUUCUUACAGGACCUUGUGUAGGUUGCUGGAUUGCAG